AUGUUUAGGCCAGUUUCCGCGUAUGCGAUGUUCUUCAAAGAGCGACAAAUGGUCGUUAAAAAGUCGUUCCCAGAAGCAACAUUUGGUGAUAUUUCAAGAAUAGUUGCGGGAGAAUGGGAUUCCCUCGGGAAAGAAGAGAAAGCGGCGUAUAAGCGUCGUACGGAUCAUUUACGCAAGAUGCAAAUCGAGCUGGCUGUGAAAGGACGAGUAGAGCGGAUUUGCAAAAAUGUAACUGAAGGAAUGAACGAAGCAAAAUUUGAAGAGACACAGAUGAAAAGAUGUGCAAGCGCCCUUGUGGACCGUCAAGUUUGCAAGAACAAAUUUCACAGCUUGAAGAUGUAA